CUCUUUAUAUAUAUCUGUCAGGGCUACCAAUAUGGUUAAGCCUGGUAAUUAUCUUCACAUGGUAUCAAGAGCCAUAACAUCCCUACCCUAAUUUUUUUUAGGCCGAUGUCUUCAACCGAUCCCCAGAGCUCCGUCGCACCAGAAGUUUCUACCACCAUGUCUGCGCCAGUUUCUACUGCAGCUGCGACCGGCGAGCCCGCCUUCAUCGAACCUAUCCCUUCCGCAGCAGAGUCCUUCUCUUCUCAGUCUCAAUUUUUUGAACCGGUGAUUUCCCAGGUGGCUCCCUUGCGGUCGUCUCCUUCAUUCUCAGUCUCAGAUGGAGUGGCUUGGGUCCCGCCAGUGUUUAAUUGGUCUCCUACCAGGCCAACGAUCUUCAAUCCUCCUGGCUCGUCCUUCGAAGAUCGUCCGGCAGCUACGCCGUUCUUCUCCAGCGCUCGGGUUCCAUCUGUCGAGCCCUCCGGUUCCAGCUUUGUCGGACCGACUUUUGCUGGCGCUCCAGGUAUAUCUCCUCUGCUUCCUGCUGUAUCUCUAGGGCCAAUUGGAUCGUGUACUGCUGCAGUGCCAUCUCCAGGUUCUAAUAUAUCAGAACUUGUUAAAAACAUUGGUUUUUCGGCGCUUAAUAUCACUAAUAUCGUUACUACGAAACUGGAUGCUGUUGAGGAUUAUUUGACUUGGCGUACUUAAUUUGAGUCGUUCUUGGUGUCUAAUAGCUUCUUGGGAAUUUUAGAUGGUUCCAUUCCUGCCCCCCCCCCCCCCCCCCCCCGAGGUGCGUGAACCUAAAAAUGCUUUUGCUAUCUGGAACCGAUUGGAAUCACACUUUAUGUCUGCUAGUCUGGCUCGUUCCAUGGAAUUGAAACGCCAACUUUCUCAUUCUAAGAAGCGUUCCAAUCAACCCAUGGAACACUAUUUACGAGACAUUAAAGAUAUUGCAGAUCGUCUUGCUGCUAUUAAUGCACCGGUGUCUCGUCGGGAGUUGUUUCAAUAUAUUUUACUUGGCCUUGGUCGAGAUUAUGAGUCUCUCAUCACUUCUGUGGACUUGUUUCCGGAUAGUUUUACUUUCGAGAAUCUCCGUACUAAAUUGGUUGAGAAAGAGCAAACCCUUCAAUACAUGAAUGCUCAGGAGGAGACUCAGCCCGCUAUGGCUUUUGUGGGACAAGCCCAGACGGCUGCCCAGCAGCACCCAGGUCACGGCCAGCAGCAGGCUGGCGGACAGCAGCAGCAAGCCGGUGCUGCAGCACCUCGGGGCAGGGGCUAUUGCGGUGGUCGAGGAGGCCGCGGUCAGCGAGGUCGCGGUGGUCAGCGUGGUCGUGGUUAUCAUCAGUAUGGCUAUGCUUAUCCUCCACCGGGCUAUUUUCCAGGGGGUGCACCACAUGCAGGCAUUCUUGGGGCUCCAGGUUCAGCUUGCUCUUCCUCAGUUGAGGGAAAUUCAGUUCCUCCUCCGGUUUUUUGUCAAAUUUGCUAUGCUCCAGGUCAUCUCGCUUCCACUUGUCCCUCUCGUUUCAUUUAGCCGGCUGCCCCUGCUCAGGCCCCUGACGCUUCUGAUUUGGUUUGGUAUCGUGACUCAGGUGCCUCAGCUCAUAUGACUCCGCACUCAGGGACCUCAAUUUGUCAUUUGGAACCGGGGCUUCUAAAUUCAUUAGACGGACCUGUUGAGGAAUUAAAAUCUCAAACCCACUGAGCCGGCCAGAAAUUGACCAUCCGUGUGUUGCACCCUACUGAGGCCACGGUUGUGUCUGCACCAUAACCUGCAGCUUCCUCACUAGUAGAGAGUGGGCAUGAAUGGAAUUCUCACAGUAUGGGACACAAUUCAACCUCCUACUUCAUUACUGCUCCUGGAAGAGUUAUGGUGUUGCUCUAUUUGCUCGUGUAGAGACAGUGUCUGACCAUGUGGUCAAAUUUAGGUUCAGUUUUGUUGGUGUUGAUUUAAUGAUUUCUUUACCUUGUUUUUGAGAUUUUAUGUAGUAGCACUUUGGAUUUAUAAAAAAAACGAUUGA